CCUCGUCCCCUGCAGCUUCAGCAUUAUUAACCGUGUCUCAAACCUGCUGUUCUAGGCAGCAUUUUCGACCAUCGCAUGCUCGUUGCGGGCCAGCUGCCCUGAAAAGCUGCAAGCAAGCAACUCGCUAGGUUUGAGUCACGGUCGUUUUCUGUUUUCAAACAGGGCUGAGCUCAGAAUAGAUCACUGAAUAGUAGGCAUGACCACCGAGGCCGAUAUUGCAGUGAAAUUCAACCCGCCCGACUAUAAGAAGCUCGCGCGGCUGUACUGUAUGAAUGGAGGAUAUCACCUUCAGAUCCUGGCGGACGGGACGGUGGCUGGAGCUCGAGAGGAAGACAUCUACAGUAUACUGCGCAUAAAAGCAACAAGUCCAGGAGUGGUGGUCAUUGAAGGAACAGAGGCAGGACUUUACCUCUCUAUGAAUGAAGAUGGCAAGCUGUAUGCUUCAUCGCUAGUAACGGAUGAAAGUUUUUUCGUGGAGAGGAUGGAGGAAAACCACUACAACACAUAUCAGUCUCAAAAGCAUGGUGAAAACUGGUAUGUCGGAAUAAAAAAGAAUGGAAAAAUGAAAAUCGGCCCAAGGACACACAUCGGGCAGAAAGCUAUUUUCUUUCUCCCACGACAGGUGGCCCAGGCAAAGGACUGAGGCCUGAAACCUGAUAAUGUAAUCACAUAGCAUAACCAUAAUCCACUGUCAAGUCACAGGCUUACUCUACAAACCACUUCUAACUCGCUACGGCAGAAAAGGUGCGUUCACGCCAUUUUGAAAUUACCGUAAUUAUGAGAUUUCCAUUUGUACAAAGUGUUCGCUUCUUUGUAAUUACAGCUUGUAAAAUGAGUUUCCUGUACCGUGACCGCUGCAGAUUUAAUUAGCUGUUGAUAGUGUUGAAACCAGACUGUAAAAGGCUGAAACGCAUAAUUCUUAGUCCGAUGAUGUGAACAGCUCUGAGUAGAAUGUCAUGUUGUCCGCUCAAAAAAUAUUUAGUCAGCCACUGAUUGUGCAAGUUCUCCUACUUAGAAUGAUGAGAGAGGUCUGUAAUUUUCAUCGUAGGUACACUUCAAGUAUGAGAGUAUGUCCCUUUAAGUAUGUCCCUUUAAGCAGGGGGACACGCCUGGCACUGCAGGAUUUGAGUUCCUCUCGGUGUAGUGUGUUACUGAUGGUAGCCUUUGUUACUUUGGUCCCAGCUCUCUGCAGGUCAUUCAUCAGGUCCCUCAGUAUAGUUUUGGGAUUUUGGCUCACCGUUCUCAUGAUCAUUUUGACCCCACGGGAUGAGAUCUUGCGUGGAGCUCCAGAUCGAUUAUCAGUGGUCUUGCAUGUCUUCCAUUUUUUCACAAUUGCUCCCACAGUUGAUUUUUUCACACCAAGCUGCUUGCCUAUUGUAGAUUCACUCUUCUCAGUCUGGUGCAGGUCUACAAUUUUCUUCCUGGUGUCCUUCGACAGCUCUUUAGUCUUGGCCAUGGUUGAGUUUGGAGUGUGACUG